AUGAAGUAUAUGAAUAUUUCUUAUAUAUUAUUCAAUAUAUCAAUAUUAACAUUUAUUGUUAAUGCAUCCCCAGCUCAAUAUAAAUCAUAUAAAAAAAGAGGGUUACCUACUUUAGUAACAACCACAAGUACUACAAGCGUUGCAAGCACCACAAACAUUGCAAGCAGUAAUACAUUACUUACAUCAAACUCAACAAACUCAAAUGUUACAUCAUAUUCAAAUUCUACUCAAGUAAACAAUUCAAGUGCAAUUACAUCUAUCGUAAGAACCACUACAUCUAGUCUGAAUUAUGUUUCGAAUCCAGUAACUAUACCAAAUAAUAAUCAAAUGAAAAAUCCAAAUAUUAUAAUAAGAACCUCUACAGAUGGAACCGUCUUUAUAUCUUUUGCAAGUUGUCUAGGAUUAAUUAUUUUAGCUUUAUUUUUAACUUGGGGGAUAUUGGCAUUCAAAGCUUGGUAUAGUGCCCGUCAUGAAAAUCACUUGAAAACUAUGCAAGAUGGAUAUUUUACAGAUCCUUUUAGUAAUAGAAACGCUUCAUUAGGAAAUGGGAUUAAAAACAGUAGUAAUGGCAGUGGACUAGGAUAUUUUGGGUCUGAUUUAGCCACAUUAGUAUCUAGUGAAUCUGAAAGUUAUGAUGAAAACGAGAAGAAUAAUGAUUUUGGUGAAAAAGUCUUAAAGACGAAAAGUUCUAGAUUGAGUCUAUACUCUCUAGGUUCAAACUCUGCAUUGAAUAUAUUGAAUAAUUUUGAAAAUUCAGACUCUUCCACGAAAACAAAAGGUCCUGUAUUUAAGAAUACAUUGGCCAAUAAUUCUAGAUUAUCAAUGUUUAUAUCUCCUACAGAAAUUUUACAAAAUGAAACUCAUCAAUGGAAUAACAGUGCAAACGCUAGUCAUGAAAGUUUCUUUAGCUCAGACGCAAGUACACCAACAGCACAUGUCUCUGCAACAUCGGCAUCCCAAUUUAUAUCUAAUGAUUAUUCGGAGUUUAAUAGAGGUAAUGCUACGACGAUCGAUCCAAUAGCAGCCAAAAAUACAAAACAUUUUAGACCACCAAGUGUUCAUUUGGAUGAAUUAUUGAAUCUUCAAGAUGAAGAUAAAUCAUCUUUGAAUACAGAUACAGAAAUUUGA